CACCCACCAUUUACCCAGAAAAAAACACGCCAUCGUCACUCUCCCCUGCUCUGCUCUGCUCUGCUCCGUAUACUGCGACAGCUUUUCCCCCUAAAGAAACAAUCAAUCAUCAUGGUUAAAGGUCCAGGACUCUACACCGAAAUCGGCAAAAAGGCCAGAGAUCUUCUGUACAAGGACUACCAAGGAGACCAGAAACUCAGCAUCACCACUUACUCUUCCACCGGUGUUGCAAUCACUACCACUGGAACAAACAAGGGAGAUUUGUUUGUGGGUGAUGUAUUUACCCAAGUCAAGAACAAGAACUUCACUGCCGAUAUCAAAGUCGGCACUGACUCUUCUCUGCUGACCACUUUCACUUAUGAUGAGGCCACCCCUGGUUUGAAGGCAAUCGUCAGCGCCAAGGUGCCUGAUCAGAAAUCUGGCAAGGUUGAGCUCCAAUACCUGCACGACUAUGCUGGUAUCUGCACCAGUGUUGGUUUGACAGCUAGCCCCAUUGUCAAUUUCUCCGGUGUGGUUGGAAACAACGUCUUGGCUCUUGGUACCGAUGUUUCCUUCAACACCCAGUCCGGCGAUUUCAAGCAUUUCAAUGCUGGUUUCAGUUUCACCAAGGACGAUUUGAUUGCUUCUCUUACUCUGAAUGACAAGGGUGACAAAUUGAAUGCGUCGUACUACCACACUGUGAACUCGUUGAGCAACACAGUGGUUGGAGCUGAGGUUACACACAGCUUCACUACCCAAAAGAACGCCAUAACCGUUGGUGCUCAGCAUGCUCUUGACCCAUUGACCACAGUGAAGGCACGUGUGAACAAUGAUGGUUUAGCCAACGCUUUGAUCCAACACCAGUGGCGUCCAAAGUCGUUCAUCACCAUUUCUGGAGAGGUUGACUCUAGGGCCAUCGAGAAGAGUGCCAAGGUUGGGUUUGCUCUCGCUCUCAAGCCUUGAGAAGAAUCAAGCAUCCAAAUGAGGCCCUUGAGGAGGGGGUAGCUUAGUUUUUUCAUCUCCUUGGUUUUCUAAUCUUUUGGACUAAUCUCUCUGCCUGGUUUUGCUUUAAAAUCUUUCAUUUGUUUUCUGUUUUCUUUGAAUCGGUGUUGGGAUUUGUAGCAAAUAAGGAAAAAAAACUAUUAAAAGGAUCGUCUUGAAGAACA